UAUGAAUUUUUAUGCACUGAAAUAGUCAAAACGUAAAAUUCUUUUAAAUAUUUGCAAAUUCAUUGGAAUGUGCCCAGACUAAGUAUACACAACUUUAUUGGCUGCGAUCUCAACGGAACUUUCCCACGAACUUUUCGAACAGUCCUCGAAUAUACAAUGGAAGCAUGGGUAAUAUUUCUGAACAGUCCUCGUAUAUACAAUGGAAGCAUGGGUAAUAUUUCUGAAUAGUCCUCGUAUAUACAAUGGAAGCAUGGGUAAUAUUUCUGAACAGUCCUCGUAUAUACAAUGGAAGCAUGGGUAAUAUUUCUGAACAGCCCUCGUAUAUACAAUGGAAACAUGGGUAAUAUUUCUGAAUAGUCCUCGUAUAUACAAUGGAAGCAUGGGUAAUAUUUCUGAAUAGUCCUCGUAUAUACAAUGGAAGCAUGGGUAAUAUUUCUGAAUAGUCCUCGUAUAUACAAUAGAAGCAUGGGUAAUAUUUCUGAAUAGUCCUCGUAUAUACAAUGGAAGCAUGGGUAAUAUUUCUGCAUAAUCGACGAAAUACAUCGUUACUUUCAAAAUAGCUGAUGUAGAGAUAUCAAAUAUUGAGAUUCACGAAGUGAUUCAAUAAUUAGGAAGAAUGUUAACAUUCCAAAUGCCGUAACUUAAACAAAGUAGCUGUUCUAGUCCAAAUGAAAAAAAAAAUGAAUAAAAGAUUCAGCUUCUUUUGCGUAGUUCUUGUAUCAUGGGUACUAGUAGUAUCAAUUUUAUUCUGCUAAUGUGCUACCAUACAAAUGCCAUACAGGUGAAACGUCACAGUUGAUUGCAUGGAUAAUAAAAGCGCCAGGUUGGUUUUUCUGAAGGAAUUGGCGUCCGUUGGGCAAUUCAUUCGUUGAGCUCAGAAAGGUGUGUGUUUACGUCAAGGGGCAAGGUCUCCCGAAAGAAAGGAAGACACACGGUGUGAUCCGGGUCAAUUACAGGUGUUUUUACACGACAUGGUUUUAUUGAUCUAGUUUUUUUAUCCGGGUAUUAAACAAAAAGAAAAUGGAGGAGGUAGAAGAAAAAGAAAAUACACCGAAUUUCUUCAGACGUAUGAGUGUAAGAUUAUCAAAAAGAAACAAGAAGAAAACCUCUGGAAAAUUCGAGGAAAUUACCAAACCCGCGGGUUACGAACACGAAGACCUGCACAAAAUCAUGAAACGCCUGAAGGAGGAAAUUAGUGCAUUGAAGAAAUUGCAUCGAGACUGGGAGCAGACGACCAAACGAUUGAAACUGGACCAUGAUUUCCGGGAGCACGUGGAACACGUGUAUACCUAUGCCAGCAUGAUAGCAACGCGUGUUGGUGUGGCCACAGUACAGAAAGAAAUGACAGAGGGUUAUGAAAAUGAAAUUGCCAAACUCAGAGACGACAUUCGUGACUUGAGAAGAAGUAACUACAAUGACAAACGUCUUCAAGAUAAAGACUUUGAAAUCCAGCGUCUGAAACGUGAAAUAGAAACUUUACGUAGUGAAAUCAGACUCAAACGUCAAUCUGAAUCAGACCACGGUCCGGCCCCAGAAUACGAAAACAGACGAUAUUCAAGGGGAAGGCUUCCGAAAAAAGACGAAAAUGGUGCUCCAGAUACAUCUAAGUACAUUAUUCAUGAUCUGAAGGAUAAAACAGAGAAACUGACGAGGGAAAUCGAACAACUGAAGCAGGAGAAAUCAGAUUUACAAAAUCAACUUGAGGAUACUAUCUAUGAUAAUAAAGAGUUGUCAAAACGUAAUGCCGAUACCAUGAAGGAUAUGUACUCCAGAUUUGAUCCAAGCAAAGCUGGGGAUGAUGAAACAUCUAGUGAAAAGAAUUUAGGAACUGAAGUAAGGUCAAUUUCGUCUUUGAGUUCUAUAGAAGAUGAAAAGAAGACACAAACAGAUUUUGCCAACAGGGAAAAAAGACUUCUUCAAAAAGUAGAAAAAUACGAGGAAGAAAAUCGAGAACUUGAGAAAAGAUUACAAGAAAAAGAACAUGCAGAACAUCAAAACCAGAAUACAAUACAUAGACUUCAACAGAGUUUGCACGAGGAGCGUAAAGCAAAAGAAAGAGCUUUGGACAGGUUAACGGAGAGAGCGUCACAAAAUAUGUUGUCUAAAAAUCCUAACGUUACGGAUCUGAGUGACCCAAAUCGACCUCUGAAGAUAGCUGAAAAGUAUUCGGAACUCUAUGACAAUCAAUGGACUAGUGCAAUGGAAAAUCUCGAAGCUCUUGGGAUAAAUGAAGAAAACGGAAUCAAGAUACUUUUAGACACCAUCACAUUGAUAUAUGAAAAGUGCCAGUCCUAUGAAAAAGAUCAGCUAGAACAGAUUCAAGGUCUUCUCUACAAUCCACUAUUUUCAACAGAAAAGACUCAUAACUGUCUCAAUGGGGAAGGGGAUACAGUAUCCAGCGAAGUUCUGCAGUUGGUGCGAGAUGGAAGAAAGCGAUUAUCAGACAAAACCGUUAAAGUCCUUUAUGGGGCAAUUCAUGAAGAAUCGUUAAAAGACUUGCUAACUGCUGAGCAAUCAUCUGCAUGCAGUGACUACAUCAAAACUUGUGUUCAGUACUGCUGGUUAAUGGCCAUUCAGGACCCUCCCAUUCACAUGCAGUGGGACUUCAGAAACGGAAUCUCACAAUUUGAUAAGGACGUUCUGAAAUCCUAUACAAAGAGUGGAAACACGGUGGCAUACAUGGUAUGGCCUGUGCUGUACCUCCAUGCGAAUGGACCACUGCUUUGCAAAGGAGUUGCACAAGGGACCACACCUGUUAAAAGUAACGAAAGCGAGGUCUAACAUGAUGUUGUCAUUCCUGUAUUUUUACUGUUACUUUGUAAAGCAGGGUUUUGAUCAUGAGCCAUGUAAAUCCACAAUUCAAAGCAUCUUGUUUCUGACUUAAUUUUGCAGUAUGCUUUGUUUCUAUCUGAUGCUUACAUGUUUGAUCUCAGUUUUGGUGUCUGCUAAUUGGGAUUUGUACUUUCAUUUUAUGCAUAUGAUAAUCGUUUUUAAGCCAUGGGUCUGAAGUGUUAUGUGUUCAUUAUUGUCUUAAGAUACAGAUCAUGAUAUCAGUUGUUACGUCUGAUAUACCGGUAUUUGUUGUUGUUAGUAGUAAGAGUUUUUGUGUAUACAUCCAAAUGUAUGUUGGUUAAUAUUUAUUUAUUAGUAACAAUUGAUUGAAAAUAUGUGUUGUCAAUCAAUAUAAAAUGAUGUAGAAAUGAUUAAUAUGGUUAAUUAUGCACUGUGAAAAAAAAUUAAGAAAAUGUACCUCAACCGUGUGCCAGGUAGAUAGUGAUAUGUUUCAAAGGAUAUUCAAUCAAGAUGGAAGCAUUUGACUGGAUUGUAAAAGUCAUCCAUCGCGGGUACUAAAUAAAAUAAGAUAAAUCCACA